ACUUGCAUGACUUCAAUCUAUUCACCCCAUCCUUCAUCCGCUGAUUGGUCCCGUCUUACACCAUCCCCAUCUAUUUUCGAUGACUUGUCCUGCAGCAAUACAGCCUCGUGCAGUUCGGCAAUAUGCUCUUGUCCCUCCUUGAGCGCCUGCGCUUCACCUAGCGCUUCCAUCUCGACUCUCUGCCCUGCUCUCUUUCCCUCUGCUUUGUCUACUCCUUCAUACGCGUACACGAAAUACCAUUUUAUUGCUUCAUAUCACUGCUUCUAGCCGCUUUCACACUCCUUUGUGUGACUUGUUCCGUCUCUGUAUGGUUGUGUGAUACACGCGCAUCUGACCGCGCGACUGGUCUCUGCCAUGACUUCCUCGACUGUCUCAACCUCGGCCACUGCCCUACCAAGUCCGUUUUCUUUUGCGCCUUCGCAAUACUGGGACGGAAAUGAUGGCCUUUGGUCUUCGUUCAUGGUCCGCAUAGGAACCCCACCUCAAGACUUCCGUGUCUUUCCCUCCACAUUUGGUCAAGAGACACUGAUACCCGUUCCUGAAGGAUGUACGGAAGACGAUCCAGCGAAUUGCGGCAGUCUAAGAGGAGUGAUGCCUUUUCAAGGUGAUAUCAGUACUGGCUUCUUGAGCAACGCUUCGACUACCUGGGACGAUAUUGGCAUCUACACAACGGACCUUGAGACCCACAUCGGCAUCAAUACAAACGGCAUGUAUGGGUUUGAUACCGUCGGUCUGCAAGUCGAAAACUCGGGUGGCAUACAACAAACGCAUCAGGUUGUCGCAGGCAUAGCCGACAAGAGCUUUAUGUACGGCAUCAUAGGACUGGGGCCUCGCCCAUCCAAUUUCUCAGUGUUUGCGGACCCGCAACCGUCAUUCUUGACAAGUUUGAGGGAGAAUAAUACUAUACCCUCAAAGUCGUAUGCCUACACCGCGGGCGCAUCCUACCGCUAUAGCAAAGUCCUGGGUAGCCUCACGUUCGGUGGUUACGAUGCAUCAAGACGAGAUGGCAACGGCACUAUAUUUCCCUUUGCUUCCGAUGAUACGAAACCGCUACAAGUGGGCGUCACUCAAAUCACAGCCAAAAACACCCUCCUCGGCACCGCAACUCUAUACUCUACAGGCUACUUCUCUGUCAUCGACAGCACUGUACCACAUAUCUGGAUGCCUAGGGAAGCAUGUGACAACUUUGCCUCGAAUUUCGGCUUGUACUAUGACAACCAAACAGACCUAUACCUAGUGAACGACACCAUGCACUCAAAACUACAACAACUAAAUCCGACCAUAAUUUUCAAGAUAUCACCGCAAACCACAGAUGGUGGUCCGAGCACUAAUAUUGUUCUACCUUAUGCUGCCUUAGAUCUACAAGCAAAAUACCCAUAUUACCAAAACGACACGAGAUAUUUCCCCAUCAGGAGGGCUGCGAAUGAUACACAAUACAUCAUGGGAAGAACAUUCUUGCAAGAGGCAUAUCUGAUAGCCGACUACGAACGCAACAACUUCACCAUCACACAAGCUGCAUUUGCGAACCCUAUGCCUGCUGAACAACUGGUCUCAAUUUUACCACCAGGAGUCAAGGCUACAAAUUCCACAGGAGGCGAUGACGGCGUAGUCACCCGCCCAGACCCUGUACUCUCACGUAAUGUCAUUAUCGGUAUAGCCGUGGGAGUCGUCGCCGGCGCCGCACUAGUCCUAUUUAUCUUCGGCACAUUCUUCUACGUGCGCAGAAGAAGGCGUCAACGACUUGCUCAAGCUCUGCUUGACACAACACCAGACCCCGAUGAGCCUUCACCGUCUAUGCAUCUAUCUCCUCCUGUAGAAGUAGAUGCGGCCGUGAAGAUGGAAUUGCCUUCUGAUUCUGAAGCUGCCUUGAAUGAAAUGCCUGCUGGGACUGAGAAGUACGGGUGGCAGCCUUAUGAGGUGCAGGGAAGUAAUGUGCAAUCGAGGGUUGAGAUGAGAGGGGGGUGGGAGCCACCGGAGUUGGAUGGACGGUCUUUGAGGAGUGGGACGAGAGGAGGAAUUUAUGAACUUGAGGGGAGUGAGCCUGUGCAGCAGCAACCGCCGCCGAGGGAAGGUGAUGGCAGGAAUAGGUUUUCUUGGGAACGGUGAUGGAGAGCGUGUGCAUAGUUGGUAUAUAAGCUUGACCUGUGCAUCCUUCAACAUGUCAACCUCGCAAGCCCUACGAGCGAUGUGGUGUCUUCAUCGUCUUUCAUCAGCUCUGUUCUGUUGCGGCAUGCUAGUGGUUCUCAAGCAAGGGCGAGUCCUGUUGCUAGGUCCAUA